AUGUCAACACAUUUUCGCCCGCGUCCGCCUACUUCAGGACCUCCAAGCCCUACUCGUCCAUCAACAGCACGCUCUACGAUUCGUGCGAUCUCUCCAUCACCGCCGCCGAGUUUGAGUGCCGCACUGCGACUGGAUCUAGCAAGCACUGGCACGCCGAAUUUCGAUCACCAAAUUACACCUGAGAACGCAAGAGAGCAGCCUCAGAGUGAUGGUUUCGGCGAACAAGAGACAGAAUUUGCAAACUAUGUUGCAACCGCGGAAAACGGCAAAUUCGGCAGCUCUCCUGCAGAUAUCACUGCCAACGUGACUACCAAAAGAGGUGGCAGUGUAAUGGAGAGGAAAUCGCCACUGAAGCGCACUUCGAGGUUGGGUAGUCCCAAGAAGCGGCCGUAUAGCACACCAACGGAGCUAUCCUUGCAUCGCCUGUCGCCAUCGCAUGGCCACGACCGAGAACAGGGUGCGAGUCCACAUCAAAAGCAGGUUCAAGUCGAGAGCGACAGCGACGCAAAUUGGGAUUGCCCAGAUACACCCACUCGUAUGACAAAUUCCCAGAAGCGCUCGGCAUAUCUCCCACUCGGCAACCCAACGCCUUGCCCCAACUCCAAACGCUCUUCUAAACCAAAGUCGAGAUCAAAUCCUCCCACUCUCACUUCUACUAUCUCAAACCCAACACCAAAGCUCGAGUUUUUCGAAUCGUUCGACGAUCAAUCACCCUAUCAUUCUAGAUAUUUCGAUAUCGCUCAUCCGCAAACGUAUUCUAGAGAAGAAGAGACGCUCAGAGAGAUUUACGCUCAUGCCGAACGUAAGAAGAUGCGCGAAGCUAUGGAGACAAGAGCAAGGCCAAUGGAGAGAAGGCCACUCAUGUCUCAGCCUGGCUAUAUGUCGUCAACAAAUGACGGUGCGGCGAUGCAGCGACCAGAACGGGAGCACGGUAUUCACCCACGAAUGCAUCUAGCACCGCGACAGCACGCCGUGGAUGCACCUUUGUGGAACAAUGUAAUAGGGCCGGCCUCCAAUGUGCAGCGACAGGUAUCCAUAUCCGAGGACUCCCACCUCUCUGGGGGCACAGCGUCCAGCAAGCAAUCUGUGUUCAGUACGCCUGGAAGAGAUGAGAUGGAGAGAAAAAAGGCGCUUGUUGAGGAUGACGAAGGUCCGUUUGCUAAAGCGAUGAGCAUGGCCGAUCUGGAUGAGCGACGCAGGGUAGUGAGUGAGCAGCGUGCGGGAGACGAUCGAAGGGCUGCAAUCUUGGAGGCAGAGAGUAGUCAAAAGAAGAGAAAAGAUAGGGCUUGCGGAUUGGGAGUGGGAUGCAAUGUGAUGUAA